AUGGCAGCGAUGUUGCCGUUCGUCGAGCCCCGCUUCCAGCGCCUGGGAAACACGUUCGUCAACGACCCCUUCGACGUGGAAGAGGAUCGAGCCGCCGCCCCAGAGCGGGCGCAGGGCGCACAGCUUCAGCCACCGCUCGGCCGCCCACGACGCCCUCCAGAGCGCCGGCGCUCCGCCGAGCCAGCGGGCGCAGGCCGCGCCGCCGCCGGAGGGCCCGCGCGACUCGCCGAGGCCGGGGCGGCCCCGCCCGUGCAGCCUCGACGACCUGGGCCUGCCCGCCCCGCCCGCGCAGCAGACGGGUCGGGAGCCGCUGGGGCGAUCUGUCGCCGGAGGGUGACCGCGGUGCGCCAGAGACCCCGCCGCGCGAGGCGCGGCGCUGCGGGAAGGACCGCGGCCUGUACGAUUCGGGCGUGCCGCAGACGCCGGCCGAGGGCUGCGCCGGUGCCGCCCACGGCCAACCACGGAAGGACCGACCGCAGCUUGUAUGACUCGGCCGUGCCGCAGACGCGGGCCGAGGGCGGCGCUGGUGCUGCCCACGGCAAGCCACGGAAGGACCGCAGCCUGUAUGGCUCGGGCGUGCCGCAGACGCCGGCCGAGGACGGCGCUGGGGCCACCCCCGGUAAGCCCCGGGCGACACGCGGCGGGAAGUCGCGCAGCCUGAACGAUUGGAACCACUCGCCGGCGCCCUCCGCCCCUGGAUCGCCCGCCGUGCAGAAGUCUCCGGCGAAGACGAUGGCCGACCUGCUGCGAACUGGCAGCACUGCCAUGAUGAAGGCGGCCACUCUCGCGCACAAGAUGAACAUGGGCGGCGACGCGGCGAAGGGGUGGGGCUCCACGUGCUCGCCCGCGGAGUCGCCCACGGCCUCGUGGAGCUUGGGCGCAUACAUCGAGCGCACCCCCACUGCCUGCGCGCCCGUGAAUGCGCCGGCCGCCCCAUCACCUCUCGCAGCUGCGGCACGGUCGCCGGCGGCCUCGUGGAGCGUGGGUGACUUCAGGCCACGCUCCACCUCGUGGAGCGUGGGCGCGGGGUCGCCCGAAUGCUCGCACCCGUUCCUGCCGAUGCUCCUGGGAUCGCCCUUGGGCGCAGUACCGCGUUGA